AAAUCUUUUUGAUCAUCUAUCACUCUCACUCCUUUUCUAUGCUUAGGCCUUAAGACUUCUCGCCUUCAUCUUCUAGUCUUUUUUUCACAGUCUACAACAUAUAAAACAAGAUCCAAAACCCAACCCAAGCUUCUAUCUUUCAAUGGAUCAAGAUACAACUCCUUACAUCUCCAAUAAACAGAAAUCAAACUGUGAAUUAGUUCCACCAAAACAUGCAGACCCUUGUAAGUUCUUUAAUAAUUUUCCCUUUAAAGCCAUGCUAGUUUUGAUAUUUCUAGUUGCACUUCCACAUUUUCCUUUGGAAGCUCCUGAAAUCAUCACCCAAACUCUGCAUACAGGAAAUUGGGAACUUGUAGUUCAGCUUAUUUUAGUAGGUAUAGCUGUUUCUUAUGGCUUAUUCAGCAAAAAAAUUUAUGAUGAUGAGACAGAAAAUGAAUAUUUAUAUAGUAGUUCAAAGUUUGAUACUAAUGUUCAAUCUAGAUUACUUCAGGCUUCAUCUUUUUUUGAUGAUGAAGCUGAAAACCAUGAAGUGUCUGAUGAAAAUAGAGUUCAGACUUGGAAUAAUUAUCAGUACCAUAGUGGUAAACCAGUAGUAGUUGUUACUAAAGAAAGUGCUAAAAUUAGUCCAAGAAUUGUUGAAAAGCCUUUGCUUUUGCCAAUUAGGAGUUUGAAAUCUCCUGUUCCUGAGCCUAACUCUACUACUACUUCACGAAAAUCUAUUUCUACUACAAAAUCCAAGAUUUCAUCUCCAAGAAAGUUGUCCGCGUCACUUUCCGUUUCAUCAGAAUCUCAAGCCAAGAUUGAUCAAUUUGAUCACAAAAUUGUGAGGAAACAGAGUUUUAACAAAUCUUCUGUUUCACCUCCACCACCACCACCUCCUCUGCCACCGGCACCGAUUGUUAAGAAAUCUAAUCUGUUGAGAUCAAGCUCUAUCGUAACGGAUGACAAGGGUUCUUCUAAAAAAGAAAUGAGGAGAAGUACUAGGAGUGUGCCAUUUGAAUUGAGCUCGUACAAAGGGAAGUCUGUUCGAACAAUUAGGCCAUUUGUUGGGGCUGCAAGAGCAAGAGUAUAUGCUAAAGAUAACGUAAAUGGAGAGACAGAGAAAGCUGAAGAAACUUUUGUCGACAAACAGACGAUAGAAAAGCAGCAUUAUGCACCAGAGCCAACAAUGAUGGAUUUUGGAGGGGAAGAGAAGAAAACAUCUUCUCUUGAAAAGUUAGUAGUGGAAAAUGAUGACUCAGAGGAUUGCUUUGAAAAGAGCGUGGAAAAUGUAGAAGUAGCACGCAAGAAUGAGAGUGAUAUGGCAACUGAGGGUGUUCCGGAUAAUGUAGACAAGAAGGCUGAUGAGUUUAUAGCUAAAUUUAGGGAGCAAAUCAGGCUUCAGAGAAUUCAGUCCAUCCGAACAUCGGCUGGGCAGCCUGCUAAAGAGCUACUCCAGUAAAAUAAUCUUGUUCAAAACUGAGGUGAUACAAGAGCUACUUAUCAGUUGUCAGUCUUAUGGAGUUAUGGUUAGGGCGUUAUUGACUUGCCAUUAGAACAAUCUUAUGGUUAGCUAGGUAGUAGAGAAGUUAUCUCCUUUUUUUU